GAAACUGCGCCGCCGCGGCCACGCCUCUCCCUGGCUCCUCCGCGGCGUCCCGGAAGCGGCUCCGGGCAGUGCGGAGGCGGCAAAAUGGCGGCGCCCAGGCGGGCGCGUGGGGAGGAUGCGACGUCUGAGGACGCGUCGCCGGAAUCGAAGCGGCCCCGCGGGCAGCGGCGGCUCGUGGUGGUGCUGGAGGGCGCGAGUCUGGAGACCGUUAAGGUGGGCAAGACAUUUGAGCUCCUCAAUUGUGACAAGCACAAGGCACUACUCUUGAGGAACGGCCGGGACCCUGGGGAGGUGCGGCCUGACAUCACCCACCAGAGUCUCUUGAUGCUCAUGGACAGCCCUCUGAACCGGGCUGGUCUCCUGCAGGUUUAUAUCCAUACCCAGAAGAAUGUUCUAAUUGAAGUCAAUCCCCAAACCAGAAUCCCAAGAACUUUUGAUCGAUUUUGUGGCCUUAUGGUUCAGUUGCUGCAUAAGCUCAGCGUUCGAGCAGCUGAUGGGCCUCAGAAACUGUUGAAGGUGAUAAAAAAUCCAGUCAGCGAUCACCUCCCUGUGGGUUGUAUGAAGAUAGGUACCUCUUUUGCAGUUCCAAAGGUGUCAGAUCUGCGUGAACUGGUUCCUGCAGUGGAGCCAGUUGCCAUUGUUGUGGGAGCUUUUGCCCACGGUUCGGUCAAUGUUGACUACACAGAAAAGAUGGUCUCCAUCAGCAACUAUCCCCUGUCUGCUGCCCUGACGUGUGCUAAAAUUACUACUGCCUUUGAGGAAGUCUGGGGAGUAGUUUGAUCUGCUGCUGUCCUGGGGGACUCUAUACAGUGAUUCCACAUGCUGGAGAGGCUUUUACUUGGGUGUGAACCUGGAGGACCUUGGGCUCCUGGAAAGGAAAACACCUCAACUUAGUCCUUGUAGCUUCUGAGGCAAUGAGACUUUAAAGGGACUGCCCCACCAACCUUUUUUUCUCUAAUUAAAGGUCACUUUGAUAAGAGUGCUUGUGUAUUUUACUUUCUCAUGUUUAAUACAUGGGCAGGCUUCAAUCCCUUUACAGCAGGGAUUCAGCCCAA